AUGCUGAAAAAUUUCUUGAUAUGGAUUGAGCAAGAUCUUGGUCCUUGGGGUCCUCUUGUUCUGGCUGUUGCAUACAUUCCUCUAACGGUAUUGGCAGUUCCAGCAUCAGUUCUUACGCUAGGUGGUGGUUAUCUAUUUGGCUUGCCUGUGGGUUUUAUUGCUGAUUCUAUUGGUGCUACCAUUGGUGCUGCCGCAGCAUUUCUUCUCGGUAGAACGAUUGGGAGGUCAUUUGUCAUUUCCAAGUUGAAGGAUUAUCCACAGUUUCGUGCAGUUGCAAUUGCAAUUCGGAAAUCUGGCUUUAAGAUUGUUUUGCUGCUCCGGCUUGUUCCUCUGCUUCCAUUUAAUAUGUUGAACUACCUUUUAUCGGUGACACCAGUUUCAAUUUGGGAAUACAUGUUGGCUUCAUGGUUGGGAAUGAUGCCAAUAACUUUUGCCCUGGUGUAUGUCGGCACAACUCUGAAAGAUAUUUCUGAUGUUACUCAUGGAUGGGGUGAAUUUUCGAAAACCCGCUGGGCUAUGAUCAUAUUGGGCCUAUUGGUCUCUGUGUUUUUAAUAAUUUGUGUCACAAGAGUUGCCAAGGCUGCUUUAGAAAAAGCAUUGGCUGAAAAUGAAGACAUUGAUGACAUAUUGCCAUCGCCAGAGCUACCAACGGUGGCUGAUCCUACUGCCCAUCUCGGCCAGCCGCUUAUAAUCAAGAUAGAUUCUGCUCAAGACAAUCAUGAGAAAUAGGACCCAUCUUAUCUUUGUAAAUUUGAUACUCAUGCUACUGCUAUAGGUGUUAUUUCUUCUUGAUGGUUUUGGCAUCCUUUUGGUGAUGCAUUUCAUAGUCUUCAUUUGUACAGGCAGAUUAUACAAAUCCAUGUAGUUUGGAUAGAAGUGAAUUCUUUAGUUUGUUUAGGCUACUUUUUAAGUCUACCGAGUCUUGGAUUGCCACGAGCUAGCAAGUGUAAUAAACUCGGGAAAUAGUUUCCUUAAUGUACCCUUUGUCUACUUCUUAGUACUAAAGAACCCUUUAUCAUGUU